CAUGUUCGACGUUCUCGGACUUCAUCGUUAGACACAUAGACGAGUGAAACAGCUGUCUUUGAAAAAGUAGUAGAAUGAGUGUAUAAAGUCCAUUUUAAUUGAUUGUGAAUAUGGCAGAGAAGAACCUGUCUCUUGACAGUAAACCUCACGAACUGAAGUUUGGUUCAAGUUUUGAUUCCAAACAGAAUGGUGCGCAGUACCAUUCCAUACGUUAUGAUUUUAAACCAGCUUCAGUUGACACAUCUAGGGAAGCCAAUCUUGAGAUAGGCGAAGGUCAUCAUGUAACCCUGACUGUUCCAAAUGUAGAUGGUUCAGGAAUUGUGUACAAAGGGAACAAAAGGCCUGUCCAGAAAGAGUGUGUACUCAUAAUUGACCAUGACACAGGAACGUUCACCCUGGAAAGACUCAGUAAUAACAUCAACGUCAAGAAAACUCGGUCUGAGACUUCAAGCAAGGUCCCCCAGUUGGUUGGACGACCAAUCACACCUGUGGAAGUGCGCCUGAAAAGCUCCCCUGGAAAGGUGAAGUCUAGUCACAGUCCUAGCGGCCCAGUUAAACAGCCGUCACCCCCUGCAUCAUCACCACCACCACCCAAAUACAACAAAGAGAUGUCGAUGAUUGGUGAAAUCAGCAGUGACAGCUCAAGUGAUGAUCUCUCCUCAGACUCCGACAGCGACAAUGAGACACACACAUCAGAACAACCACCUGUGCCGAUGUCUGUUCAGCAGGUGCCUGGCCCUCCUCUGCCACCACCCAUUGGAAAUUCUAACGAUGGCAUCAUGAGCAUAGCUGCAGAUUUACAGCUAAGUGACAGUUCUGACAGUGACAGUGACUGAUUCAUUAUCAUGUGAUCACUACAUGACACAGGGUGACUGAUUCCUGGUCAUGUGAUCACCACAUGACACAGUGUGACUGAUUACUGGUCAUGUGAUCUCAAAGUGACACAUUGUUCUUUGGUCAGAGUGCCAUUUUCAAGUGAGGCAUUGGAAUCUAAUGUUAUGUGCAAUUUUGACGUACAGAUUUAUAUGUUUUUUGUAUGCUUUUACAUGUUUUAGGAUUUGUUCUAGGUCAUAUUGACUAAAUUAGAUUUAUUUAACACAAUAAUUGAUAAAGACAGUUUGAUGUGUGCCCUGUGGCCUGUAAGUAUUUAUAUUGUGUCAUUGUUUAUAAAUUAAUUUAUGAGUAUGUUGGUUUGUUUUAAUGCAAAGCUCAAAAUGUUAAAUGUAAUAUGUCUUUCAUUUGUGGUGUAAAGGAUAUUUGACAAUAAAUUAUUGACCUUA